AUGCCUCGCUGCGGUGGUUUUAAAGUCGUUUUAGAGAGGCAUACGCCUUUUGCCAUUUUCAUGAAGGUGAUAGCGAAAGGAUGGUUCUUACUCCGCAAGUACAUCCUCACGAUACCGCGGUUCGACCUGUUCCUGCAGGGGGCGCUGCUCAUCGUGGUCUUCCUCGAAAGCUACGUGUUCUUGCUUCUGAGGAGAAGCGCCGGGACAGGAUACCUGCGGACUAUCAAUGAAGAUUGGGUGCAGCUAGGAGUUGGAGGCGCGGAGUUCCUGUUAGGGGCAGUCGUAGCGUGGUGGGGAAGAGGGAUGCGGCACUUCGCGCUAUCGGGUUGGUUGGGCGCGACGGCCGUGUCGGGACUGAUCGUGCUGGCAUUUCCUUUUGCUGAAUCUGGUCGACCUCCGGUAGAACUUUGUGGAGGUGGCAUCAUCUCAACCUACUCUGAUCCACAAGAGAACCAAUCCGUCGAAGAUGAGUUCUUGGUUCCACGCACAGUGUUCCUGAUCCUCACAGCGGUGCUCUGCGCUCUGACCAAGAUCAGCGUCUGGGCGCACGGGAUUACAUACCUCGAUGACCAUGAGCCAGAAAGCGGGCCGUAUUUUUACGGAAUCCUUAUCUCCAUCCGUCUGUCCCUUGGUUUGAGUGGGCAGAACUGGAUGCGGGGCGUAUCAGUGCGGGACGACUGGUGGGAGGCGCACAUAUCCCUGGCGAUGCUCACCCUGAUGUUCUCUAUACUGUUCACCCUCUUUCCGAGGAGGAUGGACGGGUAUAAAGAGUUCGAGGAAAAGGAAUAUAAUUGCAUCUUGAAACCAAUCGGUCGCAUGCUGCGGAACAAGGCGGUGGUGUUUCAGACCGUGGCCCUCGCCCUUCUCAACACAGCUUUAUUUGGCUAUGUGAACCAUGACACGGCUACCAUACAGGCAAAGUUUCACGUGGAAACCUUGACUCAGGAUCCUCGGACGACAAGGACUAUUAUGGACAUUUUCCGCUCCCUGGUCCUCAUUUUCUUUGUCACGAUUUUCCGUAUGCGAUUCUCCGUCCGACGCAGCGACGGUGUGAAGUCAAACACGGCGUCCAAAGUAGGAGGCGGGGUCUGUGUGCUAGUCGCUGUGUUCUUCUGCGUGCUGGCGGGCUUGCACUGCAACACAGGAGUCAUAGACGGGCUCGAACACGGCCAGUUUCAACAACCUGAGUGUAGCUCUGAGUGCGGGUGUGGAUCUGAAAGGUACGGAUUCGUCCCGGUGUGCAUUCUGAACACUUCCACCACAUACUUCUCGCCUUGCCACGCUGGUUGCCAGGAAUAUGAAGAUCUCAAUGGAUUCCUGUUGUUUGACGAUUGCAAGUGUGGUCCUCACCGCGCGGUCCGAGGAAGCUGUACUCUCCCGGAGUGCUGGCUACCGUACUCCAUUUACCUGGUCUUCUUCACUCUGGCCCUCGCUGCUGCAGCGGCAUCAUUCCUCAUGCAGGGAAUGGUGAUAUUGCGUGCAGUGCGCCGGAGAGACAAGCCUAUAGCCAUCGGCGUCAGCUUCGCCCUCAUCGGAUUGCUGUCGCACGUGCUGGGGCACUUUAUCUACAUGAUUAUCAGUUAUUACACCUGUGCUUAUGAGAAGGACGGCAUCUGUCUCCUCCACAACUACUCCAUAUGGUCAAUAGGAGCUGUAAGCGCAGGGCUUUCUGUACUCUCUGGCAUCUUCAGCUUUAUAGCGAGUCGGUACCCGGCCGCGCCCGAACUCCUCGUCACUUCUGACAUCUACACUGAUGAUAGAUGAUCACGGAAAGGGGUCAAGUAUAAUUAGUAGUACUUUCCUACUGUUUAAGGCCCAAUCGAGUUAUAGUCUUAGUUUCAAAUCAGAGAUGCGCUUGAAGUUAUUUAAGAAAAUAGUUAAUAGAAAAGUAGAAAAUAGUUUUGUUACG